AGUGACUAACACUCGUCACAUGACCCUGUCUGUCACAUGACCCUGACUGUCACAUGACCCCCACAGUGUGCAGAUGAUGCAGUACGUGAUCUACGGCAUCGCCUCCUUCUUCUUCCUGUACGGGAUCAUCCUAUUGGCCGAGGGCUUCUACACCACCAGCGCAGUCAAGGAGCUGCACAGCGAGUUCAAGACCACCAUCUGCGGCCGCUGCAUCAGCGGGCUGUUUGUGUUCCUGACCUACAUCCUGGGUGUGGCCUGGCUGGGUGUGUUUGGCUUCUCCGCCGUGCCGGUCUUCCUGUUCUACAACAUGUGGUCCACCUGCACGGCCAUGAAGUCCCCUGUGGCCAACAUCACCAACAUCGACUCCAUCUGCGUUGACGUCCGUCAGUACGGUAUCAUCCCCUGGAACGCCACCCCGGGCAAGGCCUGUGGCUCCACGCUCGAAGAAAUCUGCAACACCAACGAGUUCUACCUGUCCUACCACCUGUACAUCGUGGCCUGUGCCGGGGCGGGAGCCACGGUCAUCGCUCUGGUCCACUUCCUCAUGAUUCUCUCCGCAAACUGGGCCUACCUUAAGGACGCCAGUCACAUGCAUGCCUACCAAGACAUCAAACUGAAGGAGGAGCAGGAGCUCCUGGACAUCACGUCACGCUCCAAGGAAUGCCUCAAUACCUACACAUAAGGAUGAGGACGCACACGCACACACACACACACGCAACCACACCCACACACCCACACGCACACACAGACAAGACAAUACACAAUACACAAGACACCAUGAAGGCCAAUGCUGGCGGCCCUUUUCUGGGCAGAGAGAGCACUGGGUUCACAUGAAUAACCUGCCAAAUCCCCUCACACUGUGCAGCGCUAACCAGGCUUCUAACACACUAAUGCGUCCAUGUUGCGGCUUUCUGUGCUAACUCACCGGUCCGUGUGUUUGAACUUUAUCUGUGUGUCGCAUUUCUUCCGUUUCUUCUUCAAUGUUUUGGCUGAGCUUUUUUGUUUUCGCUAGCGCUUUGUUCAAAGCCGGCUGACCUGGUCACCAAACGUUAGAUGUUAGAUGGAGUAUUCUCACAUGAGGCAUGAAGAAAGCCACAAGUUGUUUGACGGUGUUGCGUGGUCUCGUCUAUGUCCGUGAUUUCCAAACAAGAUGACACAAGGUCAUCGUCAGCACAAAGAGGUUGUUUUCUUUCCUUUUCCAAAAACAAAGCAUCACUUCUCCGUCUCACCAGUGCAUGAAAGGCCUUGUGUUCAAAGUCAGGUUAACCUUCUGCACCUGAAGACAAAGAGUAUGUCACAGUGUUAUGAUGGCGGCCGGAGGGGAGGGAGUCUAACAUCAGCUCCAUUCAGCGCUUAUAACCAGCAUACAUACAGGCCCUGAUCCCUUCAUAACCAUUCUGCAGCAACAUCUGAUACAAGCGACCAGCAUUUCAUUCAUGUCAGGCCGUGAUUGGCCUUAGUCUAACCUGAUCGAAGUGAUAGAAAUGAACGGCAUAGAUACUAACUCUACCUCAGGCUUCCACACGAUUGAUGAAUGGCUUGAAAUGACCAAGGACCACUUCCACACGCUGAGGCCGCUAGUUUCAGUAGAGAGGUUUAUGCACCACUACAUGUACCUGCCUGGUUACUGGGACGGCUCGACCCGUCCGGCAUGCCCAGUAGGACCAAACCAUCUCCACCAUGUUGACCAACCUGCUUCACAGCUAAUCGUCUUUACCACUAUCUGUAAAAUAAUUGGAUCUUUAAGGAAUUGUUGGCAAAAAAAUAAAUGAUUAAUCAAUUUGAAGACUGAAUUUAAAAUGUACAUACAUUUAAUGUAUGGAAUUACAAAUCACUACAUGAUGUAUGGUGUGAUAAAUGUUCUGAAUGUUAUUUUUUAAUCGUUCAAGGAGAUAAAAUAGACUCGUUUUCUUGUCAUUGCAUCUGUUUUUAAUGCAAUUGUGAUCACUUAAUUUCUUUCUGUUAGAUGAGGAUGUUACAGAAAUAUGGUGUUGUUAAUUUCUUUAUUGCAUGAAGAAUAUCGUCGCCACGGUGACACAAUGGAUGUGCAGUGAUUUGUACUGACAUCGUAGGCAGUGUUUGCCCCCUUCCUACCCUUUUUUCUAACUCAUUUACGAAGUACCGUCCAUUUGUACACGUAUAGCUGUAGAGUAGGUGUUGUAGUCUUUCUGUUUAUUGAGAUCAACCCCCACAUGAUGCCUAUAGUAUUUUGUUACGGACAAUGUUCACUGUUUUCUAUGAGGGUUAACGGCUUGGGAAUUGAUUUCAGCGGUUCAAUUGUCCCCCUACUUCCGUGGAAUAAGUUCCAGUGAUGGUGACGUUUAUUGAAAUUGGAUAUGGCGAUCUACACUGUAGAAUCAGCCCAAGUGUGUGAUAUGUAUUUGCAAUGUUUUCACACCAAAAAAAACCCAGACUGUGAGCUCCUACCGCCCAGUAUGAAGGGAGAGCCACCGGAACAAGGCAGUCAGAUGGCAGAAUUAUUACAUAGACACAGAGAGCUGUGGAGGCGAACCAGGCUUCUAUCAAACACAGGAAGAACUACAAUCCCACUUCCUGUCUGGCGUGAGUCCACCUCAUGAUGUCACCCGUCUGCUCUCAGCCUGUUGAAUGUUUUUACAAAAAAAAAAAACUACAAAUAAAAAAAUGUAUUCAAAAUGUUGUGUUUUUAUUUUUCAUUCGCACCAACAAAUUAGUGGCA